UGCCCGUCGGGGGCCGAGCAGGGCGACGCGGCGGGCGGCGAGCGCGAAGAGCUGCUGCUGCUGCAGAGCACCGCCGAGCAGCUGCGCCAGACGGCGCUGCAGCAGGAGGCGCGCAUCCGCGCCGACCAGGACACCAUCCGCGAGCUCACGGGCAAGCUGGGCCGCUGCGAGAGCGGCCUGCCACGCGGCCUCCAGGACGCCGGGCCCCGGCGCGACACCAUGGCCGACGGGUCCUGGGACUCACCCGCACUCGUGCUGGAGCUGGAGGACGCCGUGCGCGCCCUCCGGGACCGCAUCGAUCGCAUCGAGCAGGAGCUCCCAGCCCGGGUGAACUUCUCAGCUGCCCCUGCCCCAGCCCCCGCUGUGCCCACCGCCCUCCACUCCAAGAUGGACGAGCUGGAGGGGCAGCUGCUGGCCAAGGUGCUGGCCCUGGAGAAGGAGCGUGCGGCCCUCAGCCACAGCAGCCACCGGCAGCGGCAGGAGGUGGAGAAGGAGCUGGACGCGCUGCAGGGCCGCGUGGCUGAACUGGAGCACGGGUCCUCGGCCUACAAUCCUCCGGAUGCCUUCAAGAUCAGCAUCCCGAUCCGCAACAACUACAUGUACGCCCGUGUGCGGAAGGCGCUGCCGGAGCUAUACGCCUUCACCGUCUGUGUGUGGCUGCGGUCCCGGUCGGGUGGCACUGGCCAGGGCACCCCCUUCUCCUACUCGGUGCCUGGGCAGGCCAACGAGAUCGUGCUGCUGGAGGCGGGCCAUGACCCCAUGGAGCUGCUGAUCAAUGACAAGGUGGCCCAGCUGCCCCUGAGCCUGAAGGACAAUGGCUGGCACCACAUCUGCAUUGCCUGGACCACGCGGGACGGCCUGUGGUCUGCCUACCAGGACGGUGAGCUGCGGGGCUCUGGUGAGAACCUGGCUGCCUGGCACCCCAUCAAGCCUCAUGGAAUCCUCAUCCUGGGCCAGGAGCAGGACACCCUCGGUGGCCGGUUUGAUGCCACCCAGGCCUUCGUGGGUGACAUCGCCCAGUUUAACCUGUGGGACUAUGCCCUGACACCUGCCCAGGUCCUGGGUAUUGCCAACUGUACUGAGCCACUUCUGGGCAACCUCCUCCCCUGGGAAGACAAGCUAGUGGAGGCCUUUGGGGGUGCCACCAAGGCUGCCUUUGAUGUCUGCAAGGGGAGGGCCAAGGCCUGA